UCAAACUCCACUCCCACCCCAGCAGCAGGUCCAGCCCAAACAUCACACAGGGCUGAGGUCUCAUCGUCAUCAUCUUCAUCCUCCUCCUCCUCACAGUCGAAGAUGGCGGACCCGGCCGAGUGCACCAUCAAAGUCAUGUGCCGUUUUCGGCCUUUAAACAGUUCGGAGGUGAUGCGAGGGGAUAAAUACAUCCCUAAAUUUCAAGGAGAUGAUAAUGUGGUCGUCGGGGGAAAGCCGUAUGUGUUCGACCGCGUAUUUCAGUCUAACACUAGUCAGGAGCAGGUUUACAACGCUUGUGCUCAGAAGAUUGUUAAAGAUGUGCUUGAGGGUUAUAAUGGUACAAUAUUUGCGUAUGGACAAACGUCCUCUGGAAAAACGCAUACCAUGGAGGGUAACCUGCAUGAUCCAGAUGGCAUGGGCAUCAUUCCAAGGAUCGUCCAGGAUAUAUUCAACUACAUUUAUUCUAUGGAUGAAAACCUGGAAUUCCAUAUUAAGGUCUCCUAUUUUGAGAUUUACCUGGACAAGAUCAGGGAUUUGCUGGAUGUGUCUAAGACCAAUCUGUCUGUACACGAAGACAAGAACAGAGUCCCUUAUGUGAAGGGUUGCACUGAACGGUUUGUGUGCAGCCCUGAUGAGGUCAUGGACACCAUAGAUGAAGGCAAAUCUAACAGACAUGUUGCCGUCACAAACAUGAAUGAGCACAGCUCCAGGAGUCACAGUAUCUUCCUAAUAAACGUCAAACAGGAGAACACGCAAACGGAGCAGAAACUCAGCGGCAAACUCUUCCUGGUGGAUUUAGCAGGAAGUGAAAAGGUCAGUAAAACUGGAGCGGAGGGCGCCGUGUUGGAUGAAGCCAAAAACAUCAAUAAAUCUCUGUCAUCUCUGGGUAACGUCAUCUCCGCUCUUGCUGAGGGUUCGACGUAUGUUCCCUACAGAGACAGUAAGAUGACAAGGAUUCUACAGGAUUCGCUGGGAGGAAAUUGUAGGACCACUAUUGUCAUCUGCUGCUCUCCUUCUUCUUUCAAUGAGGCUGAGACCAAAACCACACUCAUGUUUGGACAGAGAGCAAAGACCAUUAAGAACACAGUGACUGUAAAUGUGGAGUUGACAGCAGAGCAAUGGAAGAAGAAAUAUGAAAAGGAAAAAGAGAAAAACAAGACCCUGAGGAACACCAUCACCUGGCUGGAGAACGAGCUCAAUCGCUGGAGGAACGGUGAGAGCGUGCCCGCUGAAGAACAGUACGAUAAAGAGAAAGCAAACGCAGAAGUUCUAGCCUUGGAUAAUGUGGUGAAUAAUGACAAAUUUGCACCGUCUCCCAGCAUCCCCGGCUUAAAACUGACUGACGCUGAGCGUGAGAAAUGUGAGGCUGAACUGGCCAAACUCUACAAACAGCUGGAUGACAAGGAUGAUGAGAUAAAUCAGCAGUCUCAGCUGGCUGAGAAACUCAAGCAGCAGAUGUUGGAUCAGGAGGAGCUCCUUGCCUCGUCACGACGGGACCAUGAUAACCUGCAGGCGGAGCUCACCCGUUUGCAGAUGGAGAAUGACGCGUCUAAAGAGGAGGUGAAGGAGGUCCUGCAGGCCCUUGAGGAGCUCGCAGUCAACUAUGAUCAGAAGAGUCAAGAAGUGGAGGACAAGACCAAGGAGUUUGAGGCCUUGAGUGAAGAGCUGAAUCAAAAAUCUAGCAUUCUUGCGUCUAUCGACUCUGAGCUGCAGAAGCUAAAGGAAAUGACCAAUCAUCAGAAGAAGAGAGUGACUGAGAUGAUGUCAUCAUUACUCAAAGAUCUGGCAGAGAUCGGCAUUGCCGUAGGCAGCAAUGACAUCAAGCAGCAUGAGGGUGGAGGUCUUAUCGAUGAAGAGUUCACAGUGGCUCGUCUCUACAUCAGUAAGAUGAAGUCAGAGGUGAAGACUCUCGUAAAGCGUAGCAAACAGCUGGAGAGCGCACAGGCAGAGGGCAACAAAAAGAUGGACGAGAAUGAGAGAGAACUAGCUGCCUGCCAGCUGCAGAUCUCUCAGUAUGAAGCAAAGAUCAAGUCUCUGACAGAGUAUCUACAGAACGUGGAGCAGAAGAAGAGACAGCUGGAGGAGAACGUGGACUCUCUAAAUGAGGAGCUGGUCAAACUCAGUGCUCAGGAGAAAGUUCAUGCCAUGGAGAAGGAGAGUGAGAUACAAACUACUAAUGAAGUCAAGGCCGCGGUCGAGCAGCAGAUCCAGAACCACAGAGAAGCUCAUCAGAAACAGCUGAGCAGCCUGAGAGAUGAACUGGAGACUAAGGAAAGAAUCAUCACUGAACUACAGGAUCUAAAUCAAAAGAUCAUGCUUGAGCAGGAACGUUUGAAGGUGGAGCACGAGAAGCUCAAAUCCACCGACCAGGAGAAGAGCCGCAAGCUACAUGACCUCACGGUAAUGCAGGACAGAAGAGAGCAGGCCAGGCAGGAUCUCAAAGGUCUGGAGGAGACAGUGGCCAAAGAGCUGCAGACUCUUCAUAACCUAAGAAAACUGUUUGUUCAAGAUCUGGCCACACGGGUCAAGAAGAGCGCUGAGAUGGACUCUGAUGACACGGGUGGCAGCGCGGCCCAAAAGCAGAAGAUCUCGUUCCUGGAGAACAACCUGGAACAGCUCACCAAAGUCCACAAGCAGCUGGUGCGCGAUAACGCAGACCUGCGCUGUGAGCUGCCGAAGCUGGAGAAGCGCCUUCGGGCGACGGCAGAGCGCGUGAAGGCUUUGGAGUCUGCACUCAAAGAGGCCAAAGAGAACGCGGCUCGUGAUCGCAAACGCUAUCAGCAGGAAGUGGACCGCAUCAAAGAGGCUGUCAGAGCCAAGAACAUGGCCCGCAGAGGACACUCGGCACAGAUCGCCAAGCCAAUCAGACCAGGCCAGCCACCUGUUGCCUCUCCCACCCACCCCAAUGUCAACCGCCCUGGGGCGGGACUUUUCCAAAACAACCAAUCAGCGGGCAUCCGUGGAGGCGGAGUCAAGCAGUAAAAUAACUGUUGAAUGCUGAAUUUAACCCCAGUAGCUGAAGCCUUUAUCACCCUAAAAGCUGAGCAGGCAUUCCACAGCACGAGAUGGUUUAACAUAUGAAAAUGAAUAUAAGUAUAUAUGUGUAUGAAAAUACUGAAAUACUAUCCCCGUCUGGGCUGUACAGUUCAUUCUUAUCUCUUGUAUCUUCCCUUUGAAAAACUCUAAAAACAAACAAAAAAACAGGCUUUUUGCACCAGUGGACACGUGUGUAACUAGCGUGCAACUCUUCACUCCUGCACAGUAGGUUUCUGUUCACAUACAGCUCUCCACGUUCCUCACUGUGCCAAGUUGAAUGUAUUACGAAUUUACUCAAGAAAAUAGGCAGAAAUGAAUGAAUAUGGUCAAAUGUAAAAAAAGAUUAAUUCUAGCUUUUAGCCUUAUUUAUGUGUUUAAAUUUUAGAGAGAUGGCUUGUUCUGUCGUUUCUAUUCAACAUUUCACCUAAAUAAGUUAAAACACUACAAUUGAACUGUAUAUAAGAAAAAUUGCAUUGUUUGUAAGAACACACAGAAGAAAUAAAUACAGAGCUGGUGAUA